UUCGUUAGAUUUCUCCAGUUUAACGUGUUGCCUAGAAAGCAGUAGUUGUUUCUCCAACAAAAUGAAAUUCAUUAUCCUUGCCUGCCUGGUUGCCGUUGCUGCAGCCUGUGUCCGAGAUGACAGUAACGGACAACCAGCCUGCAAUGCCGAGGAAUUGUCCCAAGUAUACUGGAGAAACAAUUGGGACCCUACUGCCUACUGGCAAUGUAGCACCCUUAACACCGCAGCCACUGCCGUCCGAUGCCCAACCGAAGGAAUGUUUGACCCUGUCUUGCUCACCUGCGUUAACUGGGCCGACUGGGUUUGGCAAGAAACCUGCAAGCCCCCAAGUGCGCUGUGAAAGCGAGUCUGAAAUUUGUUCUAAAGAAAUAUAUUUGCAUUUGUAAGUGA